UGAAUAUUUUUAAAUAUUUUAAGCCUCCCAUCCCUUCCUAUUAAAGUCCUUCCAAGCCAUAGCACAUUCUUCACCUUUCUCUAAUAUUUUUCCAACCUAAUUCUCUGCUUCUAUCAAAUCAUUACCUGAAUCCCGUCUGCUUUCCGUCAAAUCCGCUACCUUUUUGAUAAGCUUGAAGAAGUUAAUUUGCAGAGUUAUAGCUUUAGAUUUAGAAAGAAGAGAAAAAAAUGACAGUGAUGAAAAUUAUAUGGAGAUCCAUCGUCCCGACCUGUUCCAAGGGUGUCGUGAAACCAGAAGCCAAACCUAAGAAGGAAGUUUCUAAACAGAGUUCAUUUAACAGGUUUGCAAUGUUAGAGUUGAGUUAUCCCGGUUCAAUGCUUUCUGAAGAUUUGUCUAUCUCGCUUGCCGGUUCAAAUCUUCAAAUUUUCACGCUCGGGGAGCUAAAGGUGAUAACCCAAAGCUUUUCAUCGUCUAACUUUCUUGGAGAGGGUGGGUUUGGACCGGUUCAUAAAGGGUUCAUUGACGAUAAGCUUAGGCCUGGGUUGAAAGAUCAGUCAGUUGCUGUUAAACUCUUGGAUUUAGAAGGUCUGCAAGGACAUAGAGAAUGGCUGACUGAAGUGGUGUUUCUUGGACAAUUGAGGCAUCCGCAUCUUGUGAGGUUGAUAGGAUAUUGUUGUGAAGAAGAACAUAGGCUUUUGGUGUAUGAAUAUAUGCCAAGAGGCAGCUUGGAGAAUCAGCUGUUUAGAAGGUAUUCAGUUUCUCUUCCAUGGGUGACGAGGAUGAAAAUUGCUCUUGGAGCUGCCAAGGGUCUCGCUUAUCUCCAUGAAGCAGAAAAGCCGGUCAUAUACCGAGAUUUCAAAGCAUCAAAUAUCUUGUUGGACUCUGAUUACAAUGCCAAACUUUCUGAUUUUGGUCUGGCAAAAGAUGGUCCGGAAGGGGAUGAAACGCAUGUUUCCACCAGAGUUAUGGGGACACACGGCUAUGCUGCACCUGAAUACAUCAUGACAGGUCACUUGACGGCCAUGAGUGAUGUGUAUAGUUUUGGAGUGGUACUUUUGGAGCUUUUAACAGGCAGAAGAUCUGUAGACAAGAACCGGUGUCCUAGAGAACAUAACCUAGUCGAGUGGGCAAGGCCGAUGUUGAAAGAUCCUAGUAAACUUGGCCGAAUAAUGGAUCCUAGACUCGAAUGCCAAUACUCGGAAACGGGUGCACUAAAGGCUUCUGCCUUGGCUUGCCAAUGCCUCAGCCGACGCCCAAAGCGAAGACCCAAAAUAAGUGACGUGGUGAAAACAUUGGAGCCACUUCAGGACAAUGAAGACAACCUCGUUGGCACCUUUGUUUAUACGGUUCCGACCCAAUGUGGUUCACCAAAAGAAGAAUACAAGGGCACUGUCACUAAACAUUGUGAACCAAAGGAGGUUAAGAAAGAGAAACAAAAUUAUCACGAAAACCAUAGACUCCAUAAUCGCCACCAUAGGCAUCACAGAUCGCCGAGGAUGUCUCCGAUUCACCCGGAAAACGACACCGUAAGGCGGAAUCAUAGAAAUGGGUUGAAUUCUCCCUUGCGCUAUGAAGUUCGGGGAGCGUAAGGGUAUGUGUUGGAAUACUACAAAAUGUAAAUGGCGAUGUAAAUAAGCAGUAAUUAGAGAUUGCUGAAGGUGG